AUGCUUGCGUCGGGUUUGUGUUCCCUGCUAAUUUUACAACUGCCUGGUUUCUUGUACGGAGCUCGCAUUUUGGCUUUGUUUCCGGUACCCUCCCACUCGCAUUACCAUCAUGCCCUUCCAUAUCUCAAAAACUUGGCCUCAUUGGGGCACGAAAUAACUUCAGUAAGUCCGUAUCCAUCUGAAGAGCCAGUGAACAAUAUAUACGAUAUUAAAAUCCCGGAGGUUUUUAAUAGUUAUGACGAACUAUUGAAAGCAAUGACAACCCCCAAAAGCACGUGGAAGUCCAUCGACGUAACCAAUGAAUUUGUGUACAAUAUUACUAAAGCUGUAUUUAACAACGACGGAGUGCGGCGAGAGAUACUCAGGCCGGGAAAGGCUCAGUUUGACCUUAUUAUUGUGGACAUGUGGAAGUACGAUGCUUUUUAUGGCCUUGCCGCCUAUUUUGAGGCCCCAAUUAUUGGAUUAGCUCCCUGUGGAACCGACUGGAAAGUCGACGAAAUGGUGGCUAAUCCAUCGCCGAUUUCCUACCUUCAGUCCCCCUCAUCUUACUUUUACGAACUGGACACUUUUACGGGUCGACUGGCACACUUUGUGGAACGAUCUAUUUCUUGGUUAAAUUGGCAUUUGCGUUAUGAGAAAAAGCAUGAGGCUCUAUACAAGAAGUAUUUUCCGAAUAUAGCUGAAAGAAAGCCACUAUCUGAAGUUAGCCAAAACAUUGCUUUAGUUCUUGUAAAUCAACAUUUUACCUUGGGGCCACCGCGUCCAUAUGUUCCGAAUGUAAUCGAAGUCGGUGGAAUGCAUAUUGAUCAAGAACCAAAGGACUUGCCCCAGGAAUUGGAGGACUUCAUCCAAGGUGCUGGUGAACAUGGAGUAAUUUACUUUUCUCUGGGGACCAAUGUUAGGAUUAAAAAUAUGGUAGAGGACAGGAAAAGAAUAUUGUUAGAAGUGUUUGCCAGCCUGCCACAGCGCAUUUUGUGGAAGUUCGAGGAUGAAGAACUGUCAGAUGUACCCUCGAAUGUCCUAACUCGAAAAUGGUUACCGCAACAGGACAUCCUGGCCCACUCGAAAGUUAAACUUUUUAUAACCCACGGAGGUAUGCAGAGCACCAUUGAAAGCAUUCACUAUGGCAAACCCAUGCUGGGAUUGCCCUUCUUUUACGACCAGUUUGGAAACGUGGAACACAUUGAGAAACAGGGAUUAGGCCUGACUUUGAGCUACCAGGAUAUGACAAGCGAGGAACUGAGGGACACCAUUCUCCAGUUGCUAACAGAGAAGAGUUUCGAGACCACGGCAAGGACAGCAGCUGCUCGGUAUCGAGAUCAACCUAUGAAGCCUCUGGAGACGGCAGUCUGGUGGACGCACUACGUCCUACGUCACAAGGGAGCACCUCACAUGCGGGUGGCCGGAAGGAAAUUGAACUUCUUUACCUACCACAGUCUAGAUGUCCUGGGCACUGUCAUUCUUGCAAUUAUGGUUAUCCUUCUUAUUCUGGUUAUAAUUGUUCUUAGUGUUUGCAAGAUUUUAUGGAAUAUCUUACCACGUGCAGUUGUUAAAAGAAAACGAAAGCAGAAAGUUCGUUAG